AUGGAGCUAAGCGCAGCCACCCUAGUGCUCUCCCUCCUCUCACUUGCGAUUCUCGUGGGCUUUUUUGGCCGCAAAUCAACACCAAGUCGGCGAGCUCCCGGACCACGGUGUCUGCCUGUUAUCGGGAGCCUCCACCACCUUCUCACGCCGCAGCCACAGGUCGCCCUCCGAGACCUGGCCAAGAAGCAUGGCCCGGUGAUGUACCUCCGGCUGGGCCAGAUCGACGCCCUGGUGGUGUCCUCCCCGGCGGCGGCAAAGGAGGUGCUCCGAGACAAGGAUCUCAAAUUUGCGUCCCGGCCGAGCAUUCUGGUCUCGGAGGUCAUGGGCUACGGACAACGCGACGUCGUCUUCGCGCCAUACGGCGCGUACUGGCGGACGCUGCGCAAGAUCUGCACGGUGGAGCUCCUCAGCGAGCGGAAGGUGAGGCAGUUCGCGCCGGUGAGGGACAGCGAGACCAUGUCCCUCGUUAGGAACGUCCGCGAGGCCGGCCGAGGUGGCAAGCCGUUCAACCUCGGCAGGCUGCUCGUGUCCUGCUCCAACUCGAUAACCGGGAAGACGGCGUUCGGGCAGACGUGCAGCUCCGAGCUGCAGGAUCAGUUUCUCUCGGCGAUAGAUGUGGCGCUCAAGCUCAGCGCGGGGCUCUGCGUCGGGGACCUCUACCCGUCGAUGUGGUUCGUCGAUGUGGUCACCGGGCUGACAGGCCGGCUAUGGCGAGCCCGCCGGCAGCUGGACAAGGUCCUGGACAAGAUCAUCUCUCAGUCCGAGAUACGGCAAGGUGAUCACCUUCUGAGCGUUUUGCUUAGGAUCAGCGACGAGGGGGAGCUUGACUUCCCGAUCGACAUGGACAACGUCAAGGCAAUCGUAAUGGACAUGUUCACGGCCGGGACAGAGACGACAUCGUCAAUCUCCGAGUGGGUCAUGUCGGAGCUCAUGAGGAGCCCGGAGGUGAUGGCCAAGGCGCAGGCGGAGGUGCGACGAACGUUCGACAACAAGAGCCCACAAGACCAUGAGGGACUCGUAGGGGAGCUGCACUACACAAAGAUGGUAAUCAUGGAGAGCAUGAGGCUGAAUCCAGUGGUGCCACUGCUGGUUCCCCAUGUCUGCCGAGAGACCUGCGACGUCGGCGGGUUUGAGGUCACGGAGGGUACCAGGGUGAUGGUAAACACGUGGGCGUUGGGUAGGAACCCCGAGUACUGGCAUGAGCCUGAGGAGUUCAGGCCCGAGAGGUUUGAGGACGGCACUGCGACCUACAAAGGGUCGCGGUUCGAGUACUUGCCGUUCGGAAGCGGGAGGAGGAACUGCCCCGGCGACACCUUUGGGCUGGCCGUGCUGGAGCUCAUGGUGGCACGGCUUCUCUACUACUUUGACUGGAGCCUCCCUGCCGGAGUGAAGCCGGGUGAGCUGGACAUGGAAAUGAUGGUUGCCGCAACCUCAAAGAGAAAGAACCAGCUGCACCUAGUGGCAACACCGUACAAGGCAUGCAGUUUUUAAUUAAAACUUGACUUAUGCACGUUGUAGUAGGGAAUGAUAAUGGUCGAGUGGUGUACACGCGAGCCUAUGGUGUGGAGAUUCUGUGCGGUCUCGCCAGGAAGUCCGCGGAUUUGUAGCUGCAUUUUCAUCGUCAUGGGAUGGCAUGACUAUCAGAUGCUUUACUGUUCCAAUAUAAAAUAAAAUAAAAUAAGUUGUCCAAGGUUGAGU